ACAGCGGCUUCAACACAGACAUGCGUCAGAGCGUAAACAUUGCACGUUCUGCACAAAUACUAAUAAACCUGCUAUUUAUGGAUAUUUAGAGAGAGGAAUUUUAUGCGCAUUUAAAGGAAACCAUGAGCACCAUAUUCUUCUGUUUUUUGGUAGCGUUAUUCUCAGUGGCUCUUUCCAUGGACUUUGAAGAGAGACCCAGCUCCAGGAGAAGUGAACAAACCAUGUUUCUAAAGAGUCACAAAUCACGAAAUCUGCUCAGUUUGAGAGAUUUACACCAGUCGGAUCAUGUGAAGAUGAAAAGGAGCGAAGAAUCCGCACAAAAUCAAUGUGAAUCAUUGCACGGCUAUGAAUCCACAUUAGAAAACAACACUCGUACGUAUAACUUCAAUGACCUGAGUGGUUCAGUAUCUCUGGCCUGGGUUGGAGAUGGCACCGGGGUAUUGCUGGUGCUGACCACUUUCCAGGUUCCUCUUUUUAUCAUGCGGUUUGGUCAGUCCAGACUCUACAGAAGUGAAGACUAUGGAAAGACUUUUCAGGACAUCACUGACCUUAUCAACAACACCUUCAUACAGACAGAGUUUGGCAUUGCAAUCGGUCCCGAAAAUUCAGGAAAGGUGAUCCUCACAGGUGAUUUAACCGAGGGGAGAGUCACCAAAAUUUUCCGUUCAGUUGAUUUUGGGAAUAGCUUUGUGACCUCUGAGCUUCCCUUCCAUCCCUUAAUGCAGAUCACCUACAACCCCCAAGACAGCAACAUACUCAUGGUCUUCAGCAUCAAUUAUGACUUAUGGCUGUCUGAGGACUUUGGAGCCAACUGGAGGAAGAUCCAUGAGACAGUUUGUCUUGUGAAAUGGGGAGUUGAUAACACAAUUUUCUUAACCACAAACCCCAAUGGAUCCUGCAGUGAUCGGGGAAUGCUAGAAUUGAGAAAGUCUUCAGACUAUGGCAGAACAUUUAAGACUAUCGGGAGCAAGAUCUAUUCUUUUGGGAUUGGUGGACACUUUGUUUUUGCAUCUGUCAUGACAGACUCUGGCUCCACACGUAUGAUUCAUGUGUCGGUAGAUCAAGGUGAGACGUGGAACAUGGCUCAGCUUCCCACCGUUGGCCAUGAACAGUUCUUCUCCAUUUUGGCCGCAAACAGUGAUAUGGUCUUCAUGCACGUAGAUGAACCUGGAGACUCCGGUAUUGGUACCAUCUAUGUUUCUGAUGACCGGGGCACAGUGUUUUCCAAGUCCUUGGAACGUCAUUUGUAUACCACGACGGGUGGAGACACUGACUUUACUAACAUCACCUCUCUGAGAGGGGUCUAUAUGACCAGUGUGCUCGCAGUGGACGGCUCUGUCCAGACAGUGAUCUCAUUCAAUCAGGGGGGAGAGUGGAGACCUCUGCAGAAGCCCUGGAACGGAGUGUGUGACACCACAACCGAGCACCCAGACAAGUGUAGUCUGCAUAUUCACGCCUCCUACAGUAUUUCUAUGAAACUGAAUGUGCCCAUGCAGCCCCUCACAGAGCCCAAUGCUGUGGGACUCAUCCUGGCCCAUGGGAGCGUUGGAGGAGCCGUUUCUGUGCUUUCUCCAGAUGUGUACGUGUCGGAUGACGGGGGUUACACGUGGUUUCAGGCUCUGAAAGGCCCACACCACUAUGCCAUACUGGAUUCAGGGGGUCUGUUGGUAGCUGUGGAGCACAACCCCUCACACCCCAUCUCACAGAUCAAAUUUUCCACUGAUGAAGGUCAGUGUUGGCAUGUGUUUAAUUUUACUGAUGACCCAAUACACUUCACUGGAUUGGCAUCAGAACCUGGUGCCCGCUCCAUGAAUGUCAGUCUGUGGGGCUACAGGGAGACCGUCCUUAAUCAGUACUGGGUUUCUGUCACUAUAGACUUCAGGCAGUUGCUCUCCAGAGACUGUCGGGAGAGUGACUAUGUCCAGUGGCUCGCCCACUCCAGUGAUAUUAGUGACCCCACUGAUGGAUGCAUGCUGGGAUACAAGGAGAGGUUUCUACGGUUACGAAAAGACUCAGUCUGCUGGAACGGGCGGGAUUACACGGUCACCAAGGAUCCCACCACGUGCCCCUGCACCCUUGCUGACUUUCAAUGUGACUUUGGGUUCUACCAUGUGGAAAACAGCUCUGUGUGUGUGGAACAGCCUGAUCUUGUUGGGCAUUCACUGGAGUUCUGCCUGCACGGACGCAAAGAGCAACUUCUAACCAGCGGAUAUCGGAAGAUUCCAGGAGAUCAUUGUAAAGGAGGAAUGACUCCAGAAAGAAAAGAGAUUGAUCUGAGUAAGAAGUGUGUUAGUAACUUACUGAGGCCAGAGCUACUGACAGAGUCUCCCUCAGUGAAUUCAGCUCCCAUAAUAGCUGUGGUCCUCACAGUUCUGUUGAUCAGUGCCAUCGCUGGGGUUCUCUUCAUCAAAAAAUAUGUCUGUGGAGGAAGGUUCCUGGUACACAGGUACUCAGUGUUGCAGCAGCACGUUGAAGCAAACGGUAUUGAUGGUGUGGAUGACCUGGAUACACUGGAGGUUGGCAAGACGCAUUACCAUGAUGAUUCAGAUGAGGACCUCCUGGAGUGACAUCAAAAUAGUCAAAAUAAUGGACUUUAUCCAAUUCCAUAAGAGAAAAACCACAAUGACUAUCCAUCCAAUGUCCGUCUAUGUGUGUAUCUGCUUUCCAAUGCCUACCAGAUAAUGAUACACAUUCAGACAGUAGUGCGUCUUCCUUAUUCAUUAGAUACUGACUAGUUGGGGCAAAUUUUCUAAUUUAGCCUAACAAAACCUGACCACAUUCAAGGACAAGAACAGAGAAAAGACUGCAUUUUUCCAAAGAUUUUCCCUAAAAGAGUUUUCUGAUCAACUGUGGAAUGGACUGCUUCAUGCCCAUAUGUCUGUCAUUGCUUUUCAGUUUUUUUUGUUUUUUUUUUUGUUUUUUUUUUCAGAUUAUGACAUGGUGUAUUUUGGAUGCAUAAAGGAUUGAUGCGAAUUUCAAUUGGGAGUUUCCAUAUAUUGCAAGUUUAUAUAUAAUGACACUGACACCGUGCAUCAGGUGGCUUUCAGCAUAUUGUUUAUCAAACUAAUACUCUAUAUUGCCACUGUUAAAAAAAAAAAGCAGUAUUAAACAUCAAACAAAAAAAUAGAUCUGACAUACAGUAAGGUUUGAAACAUCGUUAAAACUGACAUAAAUACUUAUUGUUGCGUUGCCGAUUGCGCUGCAUCAGGUAUUUAACUUCACCAAAGGAUUUUUCUGCUUUCUUUGUUUGCAAAUAUUAAGAAACUGGUUUGAAGUCUCCCUGAGAUCUUUAGAAAGAUCUGUUUGUCUGUUUUUUUUAUUAUUAUUUUUUCUCACACAGAGUUGGUUCAUAAUUAUGUGAGCAAAUCAAAACUGGAUGAAUGUGAAGUGUUUAAAGUUUAACAUUCAAUUAACAGCAUUUUCUCAAAAGCUAAAAGCAAAGCCUAAUGUUUGACUGUUACUGGACUGUUACAGGGAGGAUUAUUGUAGAAGUACAUUGCAAAUUGUUUGUAAAGUUUGUAUGCUUUAUUACAAUAAUACCCUUGGUGAUGCGACAGUUACAAUUUGGAUCGUAAAGGAUCUUUAGUUAGCCUAAACUAACUUUAAUCAUUCCAUAAAUCAACCUGUACUUUGCCUUUUACAUGUGACUUUCAUUGCCAUUUCUAUUUGUUUUUUUUGUUUUGUUUUUUUUUGCCAUUGCUGUAUGCUUAGAUAUACUAUGCAUUUUGCAUAUCUUCUAUGCACAAAAAGGUACAUUCUUUUUCUGUUACUAGUGUUACCAAUGUUAUUCUGUUUAGUACAGUGUUCUAUUGUCAUUCGAUUGAAAUAUAUGUUUGAUUAUUGACAGAAUAAUUUGGAAAUUUUUAAGAAAUGGCACAUUGUCUUAAAAGUGUGGUUUUCAGUCAUCUUAAAUGUAGCACACCUUACAUACAGUAAUGGGUGAGACAGAAUAAAUGAGUACAUAAAACAUAACAGCAAUGCAGUAUUAGUCAGUAAUAGUUGUAUAUACAGUAACAAGACAAAAUGUUUAAUGUUAAUAACGACAUUAAGCAUUUUUACAUCAACACAUCCUUCAUUAGGAUGUUGACAAUAUUACGUGUACCUAAUUACCAGCCUAAUCAAAUAUGAAAAUGUAUAUUUUUGGGGACUGUUUUGACUGUCAACUCAUAAGCUAAUUUGUAGUAGGUAAGCUGAUAAAGAUUGGAGUGCAGUUUUUUGCAUGCACAAUAAAAUAGAUACCUCAGGGGUUAUAGAUGACUAAUUUCAGUAAUGGGUAUGCAUGGUAAACAAAAGGUCUUUUCUAAAAGACAGUUUCAUCUGGAUGAACUUGGCUCUUCUAAAAAAGCCAGUGUGUAAAAUGCUGUACCAUUAAAUGUGACUGCCAAGGGAAAAAAAAUAAAACAUUCUUUUCACA